AUGGCAGGAGAACCUCAGAGGGUAGUGGUGAUAAUGGAUGCAUCAAAAGAUGUUUCAGCAAAAGUCAUAAUGAAGGCCCUCAAAAGGACGUGUCCUCAGGCUGGAGGUGAGCUGACACUCAUUGCGGUUCUUGAACAGUUCAGCAGUCCCUUGGGAUACAAGAUCAGGGUACAUGACAGUCCGUUUAUUGCAACAAACCAAAAAAUUGUUCAAGAGGAAUUAUCCAAAAAAAGGGAAGACUAUAACAAUAGUUCGGAAAUUGAGAAACUCUCUGACUACUGUGAAAUAGCAAAGAUGAAAUUCCACAUUGAUGUGGUUGCAAGCCCUUUCAUAGAAGUUGCUACUGGUGCUGUCAUAAGUUUAGAGGCAACAUGGUUGAUCGUGGAUAGGGAUGUGAACAAGGAUAGGAAGAAAUUGGAUCGGUUGCCUUGUGGUAUGCUUAGAAUAAGAAGUGACAACACCAUUGAUAAGUUGUGGGAUCCGGAUGUAACAGACUACUCCAAAUCGCAUUCCUCAAGUCAAGCUAUGAAAAUCAUUCCUGGAAACCCGGAUGAAGAAAUUUCGCCCAAGAGGCAUAGAACAUCACCAAGUGAACAGUUCAUAUCAACUGGAACAUCAAGUUCAAGCAUUCUUCAGGAAAUUAAAGACAAAGAUCAAGGUAUAGAACAGGAAACAGCAAAGACAAUUUCCAUCUCUGACCACCAUGAGCAGCGAAGGCGUGAUAACAGUGAAGAGUCUCGGAUAGAGACAGAAUUUACAAACCCACUUUGCUCUGUGUGUAAAAACAAACGACCGAAAGUUGGAUGGAUAAAAGACUUGAGUUACACAGAACUCUGGAAAGCUACACAGGGAUUCUCCCAAAAGAACUUUCUAUCAGAGGGUGGAUUUGGAUCUGUCUACAAAGCAGAGCUCAACGGAAUAACCGUUGCCGUUAAGAAACUUAAAAAUGCAAGUGUCCAAGGAGAGAAAGAAUUCAAAUCUGAAGUCAAAUUACUUGGCAGAGCAAGGAAUGAGAAUGUGGUCACGCUUCUGGGGUUCUGCUCAGAAGGAAAGCAUAGGCUUCUUGUUUAUGAAUACAUCUGCAACGGUUCACUGGAUCAACAUUUAUCACAACACUCCCGAAUUCCUCUUACUUGGGAAGAGAGGAUCAAAGUUGCCAUUGGAGUUUCAAAGGGCUUGCAAUACUUGCAUGAGAAUAACAUUAUACACAGAGAUGUGAGACCAAACAAUAUUCUUAUAACACAUGAUCGUCAAGCCCUGCUGGGAGACUUUGGUCUGGCAAGAAAUCAACAUGGAGAUUCCAUACAGUCAACAGAGGUGAUCGGAACUUUGGGGUAUUUGGCACCUGAAUAUGCAGAAUAUGGGAAAGUGUCAGCCAAGGUAGAUGUUUAUUCUUUUGGGGUGGUUCUGCUAGAACUCAUCACAGGAAUGAGGACAACAGACAAAAGGCUUAAAGGGAAAAGUCUUGUAGGAUGGGCGAGACCACUACUAAAAGACAGGAAAUAUCAUGAUCUAAUUGAUGAAAGGAUAGUCAAUUCCCAUGAUUUCCAUCAACUAUUUUGGAUGGUUCGAAUAGCAGAAAAAUGUCUGACUAGGGAUCCUCAGAAAAGACUCAAUAUGUUUGCGGUGGUGAAUGCUUUAAGUCGUAUAUUGGAAGGCAACACCUGCAUCAUACCAAGAGACUAUUCCCCAACAAGGUCAGAGUCAUCUUAUAGCUCAUCAAACUCUGAUGAAUCAGAAGAUGAAGAUCAGGAAGGCUUUGGAUCAGAAAGUGGGUUAGAAAGCCAGAGCACAAAUUCUUCAUGGAGUAUGAGCUUGGAUAUGAUGAGCCAGAGUAUUGGAAGACUCCCACCAUCGCCACCAAUUGUGAGAACUUGUUGA